AUGAUCAAACAACAUGACAAGCAUGCGCGAGCAAGAGCCCUAGCUGAAGAUGACAAAGUGCUAGCACGCAACUACUCGGGAUCACCCAAAUGGCUACCAGGCACAAUCAUCAAAGAAACAGGACCAGUAUCUGGUGAAGUGGAACUAGAAGAUGGCACUGUUGUUAGAAGACACCAUGAUCAACUCCUGCCACGCCAAGAGCAACCCAAGGAACCUAAAGUUGCCGAAGUUACAGAACCAACCCCGGCUCAAGUGGAAAGUACUCCCGAUCCUGUAGUGGAACGCCGUUACCCAACCAGGGAGCGUAGACCUCCAGAUCGUUUUCAGUGA